UAUGCCGAUUUUCCAUUAGUAAUCGUUUAACUCCCACGGUGAAAGGUGAUCUUACGCCCGGUGCAAAUUUUAUACCAUGAUGUCUCGAAGUCGAAAAAUGGUUAAAAUGGCGCAAGAAUAAGUAGUAAUUGCACCAGAAUCACCAAAUAAGGAUUUAGAUGAUACAAGAACCAAUAUUAUCAUAUUUAAUAAAGCUUUGCAACAUGACAUUCUCUUUGGGGAACAAGGAGAAGGUCCUGUAAAUGUUGUUAACUAUAUCUUAGGUGACCAAGAUAUUUUUUUUACUUCGUGACAAUGUAUUUCCGAUAAUACUGAAAAAUGUAAGACUUGAUGUUUUACUUGAAACUGACGAAACUGUGACUAAAACUUGUAGUAGUGUAAGAUCACGUUUAGUAGACUAUUCGGACUCAAACGAUGAAGAUACGUUGUAUCCAGAGCAAUUUAGUGACAAAAUACCGGAAGAUGAACAUAAUCAAGAAAAAAAAAGGACUCGGCAGAACCAUCAACCGAAAACAACAGUCCUUGUGACUCUGACGUAUUAUCUUCUACUAGCAUGUCUUUUUCUGAUGACAGUAACCAAUCUAGUGCCGAAUCUACCUCUAGCAGCAAUUAUUUAAUAGGAAGGAAGAAAAAAAAGGCAGGAAGUCUUAGAAACAAAAGACUGCGAAAUUCAGGUUUAUCUCAUUUAAAUUAUAAAAAUGAAACAGUAAAGGCCAAGUCUAUUUUACCAAAUCCCUGUUUGAAUAAAAAAUGUGUAAACAAUUGCAAUGCUUUUACGGAGGAGGAGAGAUUAGAACUUUUCUCGCUUUAUUGCAGUAUGGAGAGUUCAGUGGAAAAAAAAAGUUUUUUGAAUGGAUGUGUUAAUGUAGUACUAAUAAAACGCAAGAGGACUAAAAAGGAAUCGUCAAGGAGGGGCCUUACAUACCAAUAUUAUUUCAUGAAGGAAGGGAUGCGAGUUCGAGUUUGUCAACAAUUUGUAAUUAACACUUUAAACAUUACACAAAAAAUUAUUAGAAACUCCAUUCAAGGAAAACUAAAAGAAAAUAGGGACCAUAGAGGAAAACAUACGCCCAAGCACAAAAUGAAUGAAGAUCAAAUAAAUGAGUUCGACAAUUUUAUAAAAAAUCUGCCGAGAGUACCCUCACAUUAUUGCCGUGCCUUAAGUAAUAGGUUGUAUCUUUCAAGCGAAAUUAGAAAUGUACAAAAUCUGUUUAGAAUGUACGAAUCGGUAGUAAAGAGUCAUGGAAAUAAACCAAUUAAAGUCUCAGCGUUUAAACAAAUUUUUAAAGAAAAAUAUAUUGGAAUACAUAGACCUAAAAAAGAUAAGUGUCUGAAAUGUGAAAAAUAUAAAAAUAUUCCAGAUGUUGAAAAAACUGAUUCCGUAAAAGAUGACUACUUAAAACACACCAAAGAAAAAGAUGAAGCAAAACGGAUUUUUCUUGCAGAGCAGGAAAAAUCUUCGAAAGACGGGUUUCUUGUCAUGUCGUUUGACCUACAAAAAGUUCUUUCUACACCACAUGGCCCAAGUAUGAUUUUCGGUUUCUCAAGGAAGUAUGCCGUUUACAAUUAUAUUAGGCCUCGUCUCCGUAAAUAA